AAAUACCCAACCAAAACACAAGGAAACAACGCAAGUACCCGCCUUCAGCAGAAACGGACCAAUCACGGCACAGCUAGAGAACUUCCGCUGCGCUUGCAGGACAUUGUACAAGUUGACCACGAUAGUCGCUUCGCAGUUCGUAUUUAAAUAAAUGUUGCGAUUUAAAACUAAACCUCCAAACUAACAUCAGCGUUCGGAGUAAGGAGACGAAAUAGCACUCUGUUAUGUCUAAAUGUGUCGGUUACAGGCAGAAAAGUAGUUCGUGUUGUCUACGACUGAGUUGAGGAAUUUCCUCUGCUGUCUAGUGAGUUAGCCUAUCUUAUCUUAGCUUAGCCUAACCUAGGUGGUUCAGCUCGAGCUCACUGAUUACUGGGUUUGGAUUAACUAACUUCAGUACUACAUUAGAUAAAUAACCGCAGUACAACGCUUCUGUGUGUUCAUUUUGCUGGGUUUGAGAUCCAUUGCUGCUGUGGCCGGUGUCGGUGUUACCGGCAGCCCUGUUAGCGUUAGCUAACCUCGCUAACGGUGUGUGUAGAGCGGCGCAGUAACCCGGUACCGGCGGUAAAAGCUGUAGUUCAGAGAGACAAACGUUACGGGACUGCAGUCGUUACCGUUCUUUAGCACGUCGGACACCAUGAACGGGUUCAGCACGGAGGAGGACAGCCACGACGGGCCGCCCGCGCCGCCGUUUUACGGGCAGAGCUGCUGUCUGAUUGAAGACGGUGAACGGUGCGGCCGCUCCGCCGGGAACGCCUCCUUCAGCAAGAGGAUCCAGAAGAGCAUCUCUCAGAAGAAACUUAAACUCGACAUCGACAAGAGUGUGCGACACUUGUAUAUCUGUGACUUCCACAAGAACUUCAUUCAGAGUGUCCGCAACAAACGAAAGAGGAAAACAAGUGAUGACGGUGGUGAAUCUCCUGACCAUGAUGUGGAAGUCCCAGAGGUGGACCUGUUCCAGCUCCAGGUGAACACACUCAGGCGUUAUAAACGCCACUAUAAGAUCCAGACCCGACCUGGACUCAACAAAGCUCAGCUGGCAGAGACUGUCAGCCGUCAUUUCCGGAACAUUCCAGUGAAUGAGAAGGAAACUCUGACGUACUUUAUUUAUAUGGUGAAGAGCAGUAAGAGCCGACUGGACCAGAAAUCCGAUGGAAGCAAACAGCUGGAAUAAGGUCCCCACUUCAGUGCUCAGAAGUGCCCCCCCCCCCCCCCCCCCAGUGGACCUGUCUCUGCUAUGCCAUGCUGUGGUUCUUAAAGACUGCUCACAUGUCAGCAGGGUAAAGAGAUUAAUGGGAGUAUACUUACAUAUUUACACAUACAGGAGUAAUCCCAUCUCGGGGAGGAGGGUUCUCUAGUGUUACUACCAUAAAGUGCUUUGGAAUAUGUCAUGUCUUGAAGCGACUGUUAACAACUUCAGCUUGUGUGCCAAACCUGUAAAUUAUAAAGAAAACACACAGCCUGUGUUUCUCGGUGAAAACAUUGUGUGCACAACCAGUGGACAUGCUGGCUAUGUUUUCUCUCCCACCGUUUCUCUGGCUUGUGUGCGGUGUUGGUGUGAGUGCUAAGAACAGUGUGUUGUCGUCAUGGUGAUGAGGCUGUAGGUCGUGCUCAGCUCUGUGGGUGUAGUAGAUGAGUGAUCCCUGUGCUAACACCACACACACACACACACCCACACACACCAAGCAGCUGCACCUGGUGAUCUAGCCAUUAUAUGUCUGUAUGACAGUUCUUUCACUGUUAGCUCCUCCCCUUGUGAUGUGUCCAUCCUCAUGAUCGCCUUCUUUCUCUCUAAGUAGGUUUAAAGCAGGGGAGUAUCAUUUGUCUGAAAGAUUUAAAAAAAAAAAAAAAAAAAGUUUUAAUCUAUUUUAGUUAUACUAAAAACCAUUCCUAUGUCGUCAAGUCUCCAUUUGUUGUUUUAAGUGAACUAUUUUUGAAUUAACCUAUAGACACGCCCGUCCAUCCCAGACCACCUGACAUCAUGGCUCCUCAGCACUCGUGUGUUGUUGUGGCGGCUGCGUGCAGCCUGAGCAGUUCAGACAUUCUCCCAUCUCCACUGGUGUCUCACUGCAGCAAUAACCACAGUAUUACUGCUGCCCUUAUGAAGCCUUACCUGGAAACACCAUCCUCAGACAUGAUGUAAACAUCCAUGCAGACAUUUUGGUUACCUGGGAUCUUAUUAGCCAUCAUGAAGUCCAUAUUUGACCAUCCAAAAUCAUAAUAGUACAAUACGUCGUCAUUGUUUUUUUUAUUAUUAUUAUUAUUGUUAUUAUUAUUAUUAUUAUUAUUAUUAUUAUUAUUAUUAUUAUUAUUAAGUAAUGAGGAAAUUGAUUCUGUGACAUCUUAGGCACCUUCAGUGAUGUGUCCAGUCCCAAGGUUAGAAAGUGUCCCUUUCACACACACCCCCCCAACCUGCCGGUGUGUGCGGGAGAGUGUACUGGCUCCAUCAGCUACGCCCACCUGGCCCUACAGCAGCUCCAGCACCAGUGCCAGGGAAGCACAUACUGAGCCCUGAGCUGCUGUGGCACCACCUGCAGGCAUGUUGGGCUCACAGAGAGUUAAGGAAUUUGCAGGGGCAGAAAUUCUGGAGGAUUAUUAGAAGGUGUUAGUGCUUCCUGCCAUUGAAGAUGAGCUGAUUGGACGACUUCCUAAUGGUCCUUGUGUAAAGUGACUUGUAGUAUGUGCCCUCUGUCCCCAGCAGGGCUGUGGCGUAAGCCUGCGUGUAAUGUGCACACCGUUUGCAGUUUUCUUUAUUUCAUAGCAUCUGAAUUGCUCUUUAGGUUUCUGUAAGUUUGUAUCAUGUAGGGUUCUCCUGCGUUUUGGUGUUUUGUUUGUUUAUUCAUUCACUUUAGGGAUUUGUUGUAUUAGAUAAAACAGACAACUGCAUAUUGCUUUUAAUAAACAGUAUACAUCAGA